AUGGAGGAUGAAGUGAGAAGGAAUCAUAGGAACAGCGAUUGCAUAGAGGACUUUGAUUUUGAUGAGGAGGAAAUUGAGGGGGAAGAAAAAGGUGGAUUUUCGAUUGAUCAUCUAGCGAAAAUUGUGAAAAAUAUGCUUUAUCCGGCACUUUUUCUGUAUGCAUCGACUUCUUUGGGACCGAAAAUAGGAUCAUGGGCUGCAAAAAGGAUGGGCUAUAUUGUGAAUAGCAAGUUGGUCUAA